AUGCAAUCAAACCGUCUCCUUUUCGCAUUGCUGAUUACCACUGCACUAGCGUUGCCAGCAAAUGAAGACAGAUCCAAAAUGUUGUCCGAGCGUCAGUUAGAGAAGGAUGACUAUUGGGGGAGUGUAAAUGACGGUCGUUUCGGUUGGAAGGUUGAUAAUGCACAGCCCUGGAGUACUAACAGAGAUGGUCAGCGGCCGGACCUGAAUGUUUCCCUGUAUCAUUUUGCGAAUGCAAAGGCCUUCUGA